CCUCGUCGCCGGCCAGCCAGGUAGUUCGUAGCUCCAGCAGCCAUGGGCAAGGAGAAGAUCCACAUCAGCAUUGUGGUCAUUGGCCAUGUCGACUCUGGCAAGUCAACCACGACUGGCCACCUCAUCUACAAGCUUGGAGGCAUUGACAAGCGUGUGAUCGAGAGGUUCGAGAAGGAAGCCGCUGAGAUGAACAAGAGGUCUUUCAAGUACGCCUGGGUGCUUGACAAGCUCAAGGCUGAGCGUGAGAGAGGUAUCACCAUUGAUAUUGCUCUGUGGAAGUUCGAGACCACCAAGUACUCGUGCACUGUCAUCGAUGCUCCUGGUCACCGUGAUUUCAUCAAGAACAUGAUCACUGGUACCUCCCAGGCUGAUUGUGCUGUGCUUAUCAUUGACUCCACCACUGGUGGUUUUGAGGCUGGUAUCUCCAAGGAUGGCCAGACCCGUGAGCACGCUCUCCUUGCUUUCACUCUUGGUGUGAAGCAGAUGAUCUGCUGCUGCAACAAGAUGGAUGCCACCACUCCCAAGUACUCGAAGGCCCGUUACGAUGAAAUUGUCAAGGAAGUCUCUUCAUACCUGAAGAAGGUCGGUUACAACCCUGACAAGGUUCCCUUUGUCCCCAUCUCUGGGUUUGAGGGUGACAACAUGAUCGAGAGGUCCUCCAACCUUGACUGGUACAAGGGCCCAACCCUGCUUGAGGCGCUUGACCAGAUCAAUGAGCCCAAGAGGCCCUCCGACAAGCCCCUGCGUCUUCCCCUUCAGGACGUGUACAAGAUUGGCGGCAUUGGAACUGUGCCAGUGGGGCGUGUUGAGACUGGAGUCAUCAAGCCAGGCAUGGUUGUCACCUUUGGUCCUACUGGCCUGACCACUGAGGUGAAGUCUGUGGAGAUGCACCAUGAGUCUCUCCUGGAGGCGCUUCCUGGUGAUAAUGUCGGCUUCAACGUCAAGAAUGUGGCUGUCAAGGAUCUCAAGCGUGGGUACGUGGCCUCUAACUCCAAGGACGACCCUGCCAAGGAGGCUGCCAACUUCACCGCCCAGGUCAUCAUCAUGAACCACCCCGGCCAGAUCAGCAACGGCUACGCCCCGGUGCUGGACUGCCACACGUCCCACAUCGCUGUCAAGUUCGCUGAGAUCCAGACCAAGAUCGACCGGCGGUCUGGCAAGGAGAUUGAGGCGGCGCCCAAGUUCCUCAAGAACGGUGAUGCCGGGUUCGUCAAGAUGAUCCCCACCAAGCCCAUGGUGGUGGAGACCUUUGCCCAGUACCCUCCCCUGGGCCGCUUUGCUGUGCGUGACAUGAGGCAGACGGUCGCCGUUGGCGUGAUCAAGAGCGUGGAGAAGAAGGAUCCGACCGGCGCCAAGGUGACCAAGGCUGCGGCCAAGAAGAAAUGAGAUGGUGUCGGGCGGUGGUGUUGUUGGUGGUUCUUUACCACAUCUAUGGUGGUGGUGGCGGUAUACGGUGGUGGUGAUAGUCGUGUUAGCGGAUUUGCGACAAGCUUUGGUUAUUUGUGUCGAGCAGUGUUCGAACUGCUUAUUACUGUGGUCAUAGUAUCGUUCGGUUGUGUUGGUGAAACUUCGUCAGAUAAAGUUGCUAUUUUAUAUUUGAGUGAUAUUUGGAGUCGUUUUAUA